UUUUACGAGCGAUAGGCUCUGGGUGCCCGUGUACCCCGACCGGGCGGGGGCCCGGGGCGCCUGUCUUUGAAACUGCAGGGCAAAGUCGGCAGCCGACGGCGCCCCGCGAGGCUGAGCUCCGGCCCGUGGGCCGGGCCUGGAAGCUGCCUGCGGACGCGCCGCGGAGAGGCCGCCGAAAGGCCGGUGCCACGGGAGGAGGCGGAGGGCGCCGGGCCCUGGGUCCCGGAGGUUCGCCGCUGGGCCGCGCCUUCCUUCAAACCGACCCUCCCGAGUCGGCGGAAGGCGCACCCGUGCGGGCCCCUGCACGGGUUCCUGGCGGCGGGAACACCCCGGCCGGGCCCCGGCGACUCCCCCUGCCCUGCCGGGAGAGCCCAGGCUCGGAUGUCCCCUCCCCCACCCCCGCACACGUGCGCUCAGCGGAGAUUCCCGUCUCACGACGACUGUCCGCUGAGGGGACGGGCGGGAGGCGCGCACGGCCCGUCACGUGACGCCCGCGCGGCCCGCUGGGAGCUCGCGUGCCUCCCGCCGCCCCAGCGGGUUCUGCGGCCUCGCACGCGCGGCGUCUCAGUUCCUGCGCCCCCGCUGACGAGAAGCUCUUGCCUCCGACGUGUGAUGGCGGGUCACCUGGUUAAACCUGAUGCCAGAAACUGCAAGAGGCCGAGAGACCUGGAGCCUCAAAUGCCAGAUAGUCCACAACUGUCCUCUUUGGGGAAAUCAGAUUCCUCUUUCUCUGAAAGCUCUGGACUAUUUUAUAAAGAUGAAGCCCUGGAGAAGGAUUUGAAUGAUUUGAGCAAAGAAAUUAAUCUAAUGUUGUCUACAUAUGCGAAGAUCUUAAGUGAAAGAGCAGCAGUAGAUGCAUCUUACAUUGUCGAGAUAGAUGGACUCUUCAAAGAAGCCAGUGCUAUUGAAAACUUUCUAAUACAAAAAAGAGAACUCCUCAGACAGAGGUUUACAGUGAUUGCAAACACACUGCACAAUUAAAAUUGUGUACUUAAAAUAAAUUGAGAAUUUAAGCCCUUUGUUGUAGUGAAAGAAUGACAUGCUAUGAAAACUCUCUGAUUGUUAAAAAAAUGUGGAUUUUAAAUAUUGAAGGGGAAACGGUGAAUUUCUUUUCUAGAUUUAAAAGGGGCUUUAAACCAGACAUUGAUAUGAUGUAACUUUUCUUUUGAGGGUCAAAUUUUUGGCAUAUUUUAUAAAAGUGUAAAUUAUUUAAAUUAUAUAUGGAUUAUUUUCUUUCUUUUUUUUUCUUAACUCUCCUAGCCUUUCUUAAACUUCUAAAAGAGGACUCAGUGAGUUAAUUUGAUAAUGUUUAAUACUGUCACACUUUUUCUUUUAGAAUAUUUUGUUUAAAUAAAAGAGACACAGCUUUGGAGAUAAUUUUAAAAUGUUUUUCAUGGUCAGUAUUACUUAAAAAAAAUUAAAACCUAAAGGUAAUUUGUCCAGUUUCUCAAUAUGUAAUAAGAUAUAACUGCUAUUGCUAUUUAAUAUUACCAUUGGAUUAUUUUCACUGUAAGUUUUAUUAUACAUUGCCAAUAAAAAUUCUUGGUUUAAAACUGUUUUCUUGUGGUAACAGUGAUAAAAUAAAAACAAGAAAUUACUAACCAGAACCUUAUAUAAGUUGGCUUUUUUAUG